UGAUAGUCUGCGCUCUCAGGACCCACGACAGACUGCAUGGACUCCAAAAAUAAGAAGAAGAUCCAGUUCUCAGUGCCAGUGACGAUUCCGAGCCAUCUGGACCCACACGCCGUGGAGAUGAUCCGCCGAAGGAGGCCGACCCCGGCCACCCUGUUCAGAGUGUCAGAAAACUCACCACCUGAGGAGGAGAGCACCACACACCAAUGGGUGAUGGGAGAGAACGGGGUCUUGAAACCCAAACGACCGAACCCCUGUGUGUAUCGUCCGCCCUCGGUGAAAGGUAGGGCUGCAGGGAUACUGAACUGUGGGUACUGGGUAAGGAUAUUGAACUGUGGGUACUGGGUAAGGAUACUGAACUGUGGGUACUGGGAAACAGCUUGUACUGGAUCCCAAUCUGUGAAAUUCACUCUACUCCCAGUCACAGCUAGACUGCCUGAUGAGAAGCUAGGAAAUAUCUAA